UGUCUGUAUACAUGCGUUUGGUACCGAUUACCGAAGAAAACACCUGUCUCUAGUCUUCUCUUUCAUUUUUUUUUUCUUGUCGCUUGGUUUUACUUUUGUCUUUUUCGUUUUGUUCCUUUCCAAAUCAUUCAUUCUUUAACCUCAAGCAAGAAUCAUUAUCUGCGGAACCCAAAUUCUUCAUCUUCUUUAUUAUUUUUUAAAAACAACAAAAAGUUUUGUACUGUUUUGUUGGUUCUUUGGGCAUUUGGUGAUGAAUCAAUGAUUGCAUCACCACUUUGAUCUGAUCCUUCCCGAAAAAUUCUCUUAUCGUUUUUUUUUUUUGCUUUUUGAUUUCGAGUUGAGUUUAUCCAAAUAAUCCCGAAAAAAAGUAAUUUAAGUUUUUAAUACAAGAGAGAAUCAAUUUUUGGUACUGUGCUUAAAUCCGAAGAAGGGUUUUGAGUUUUAGCUUCUCCCUUUUAACUUCGAUCCAAAAGUUUCGAUUUUGCUUAAUUUCAAGUGCAAUGGAAGAAUCUCUACCUUCUCCAUUCGGCGACCCAGCCCCAAAUUUAUCGGAUUCGGAGCUCCGAGAAACAGCUUACGAGAUCUUAGUCGCAGCUUGCCGGAGCACCGGAAGUCGUCCGUUGACUUACAUCCCGCAAUCACCCAAGUCCGACCGUAGCAACGGCGCGACGACGACGGCGCUAUCGCCAUCACCGUCGCUUCAUAGAUCCUUGACGUCGACCGCGGCGAGUAAGGUGAAGAAGGCGUUAGGGAUGAAGAAACGAAGCGGCGGAGCAGGAGAAUCUUCGGCUGAACCGGAUCGGAUCAAGAAAUCCGUCACGGUUGGUGAGUUAGUUCGUGUACAGAUGCGGAUUUCGGAGCAGAUCGAUUCAAGGAUUCGAAGAGCACUUCUCAGGAUCGCUUCUGGUCAGCUUGGGAGACGCGUGGAGACUAUGGUUCUACCUCUCGAGCUUCUGCAACAGCUCAAAGCCACAGAUUUUCCAGAUCAGGAAGAGUAUGAAUCAUGGCAGAGAAGAAACUUGAAGCUUCUCGAAGCCGGUUUGAUCUUACAUCCUUAUGUUCCUUUAAGUAAAUCCGAUAAAUCUGUGCAACAGCUUAAGCAAAUCAUCCGGUCGGGUCUCGAGAGGCCGUUAGAUACCGGGAAGAUCACGGGAGAGACACAGAACCUUAGGAGUCUAGUAAUGUCUCUUGCUAGUCGUUCGAACAACAACAAUGUGAACGGUUCCGAGACUUGUCAUUGGGCUGACGGGUUUCCCCUGAAUCUUAGAAUCUAUCAAAUGCUUUUGGAGUCUUGUUUUGAUGUUAACGACGAGUUGUCGGUUGUUGAAGAAGUAGAUGAAGUUUUAGAGCUUAUAAAGAAAACAUGGCCUGUCUUGGGUAUGAACCAGAUGAUUCACAACGUUUGCUUUCUCUGGGUGUUGUUUAAUCGGUAUGUCACAACUGGUCAAGUGGAGAAUGACUUGCUUGUAGCUGCUCAUCACUUGAUACUCGAAGUUGAGAACGACGCAAAGGAGACCAAUGAUCCCGAGUACUCGAAGAUCUCGAGUUCUGUUUUGAGUUUAAUCAUGGAUUGGGCUGAGAAGAGACUUCUUGCUUACCAUGAUACUUUCAACAUUGAUAACGUCGAGACGCUUGAAACAACGGUUUCUUUGGGGAUUUCGGUUGCUAAAGUACUAGCCGAAGAUAGUUCUAGCGAGUAUAGAAGGAAGAAAAAGAAUGUCGAUACAGGGCUUGAUCGAGUUGAUACCUAUAUCAGAUCUUCGUUGCGUAUGGCCUUUUCGCAGACAAAGAGGAUGGUGGAACAUAGCAAGCGGUCAAAAUCCCGUCAGGGCACGAGCAAUCUUCCGGUUCUUGCGAUUCUUGCAGAGGAUAUUGGUCAUUUGGCUUUCAACGAGAAGGCGAUAUUUAGUCCAAUCUUAAAGAACUGGCAUCCUCUUGCAGCUGGUGUGGCUGCAGCUACGCUUCAUACGUGCUAUGGAACCGAGUUAAAGAAAUUCGUUUCGAGUAUUACCGAGUUGACACCGGAUGCUAUAAGAGUACUCACUGCUGCAGAUAAGCUUGAGAAGGAUCUGGUGCAGAUUGCAGUUCAAGACGCAGUAGAUAGUGAAGAUGGCGGAAAAUCCGUUAUAAGAGAGAUGCCUCCUUUUGAAGCGGAAGUCGCUAUUGGCAACCUUGUGAAAUCAUGGAUCAAGACCCGAGUCGAUAGACUGAAGGAGUGGAUUGAUCGUAAUCUCCAGCAAGAGGUAUGGAAUCCGAGAUCGAAUAAACUUGGUAUUGCUCCUUCUUCUGUGGAUGUACUGAGGAUGAUAGAUGAGACAUUGGAAGCGUUUUUCUUGUUGCCGAUACUUAUGCAUCCAGUUUUACUCCCCGAGCUAACCUCGGGUCUCGACAAGUGUAUGCAGCAUUAUGUAUCAAAGGCGAAAUCUUCAUGCGGCUCGCGGAACACGUUUCUACCCGCUUUACCCGCCUUAACAAGAUGCACAGUCGGGUCGAGACUACACGGUGUCUUCAAGAAGAAGGAGAAGCCAAUGGUAGCUUCUCAUCACAGGAGAAAAUCACAGAGUAAUGACUCAGGGGAAAUACUUCAGUUCUGUUGCAGAAUCAACACUCUGCAUUAUAUCAGGACGGAGAUGGAAUCAUCCGGAAGAAAAACAUUAAACCGUCUCCCGGAAUCCGAAAUAGCGGCUUUGGAUGGUAAAGCUAAAAUCUUUGAACAAUCCAUCGGUUAUUGCUCGAAAGGAAUACAGCAAUUGUCUGAAGCAACUGCUUACAAAAUCGUAUUCCACGAUCUGAGCAACGUUCUCUGGGACGGUCUGUACGUCGGAGAAGCAUCUUCCUCGAGGAUUGAACCGUUUCUUCAAGAGCUUGAACGGUGCCUUGAGAUAAUCUCAUCAUCAGUUCACGAUAGAGUCCGAACCAGAGUCAUUUCAGACAUCAUGAGAGCUUCUUUCGAUGGGUUCUUAUUGGUCAUCCUCGCAGGUGGACCAUCGCGUUGCUUCACGGUUCAAGAUUCCGCUGUGGUUGAUGAGGAUUUCAAGUUUCUGUGCGAUCUUUUCUGGUCAAACGGAGAUGGAUUGCCUUUGGAUUUGAUCGAGAAGGUUUCGACGACGGUCAAGAGUAUACUUCCUCUUCUGCGUACGGACACUGAGUCUCUGAUUGAACGGUUUAAAGCGGUUUGCCUGGAGAAUCAUGGUUCAGACAGAGGGAAGCUUCCGUUACCACCGACUUCUGGUCCGUGGAGUCCGACAGAACCAAACACACUGUUGAGAGUUUUGUGUUACCGUUACGAAGAAUCUGCCACUAAGUUUCUGAAGAAGACGUAUAACUUGCCGAGGAAGCUAACUUGAAAAUGACCUAAAGCUGUACAUUGGUACAAAACUCGGUUUAAGUGGGGCGAUACGCCGCCGGUUCAGUUUGAAAUGUGGUAUAAUACUUUGAUAAGGCGAUUACCGAUUUGGUUGGUAUAUGGGUUUUCUUUGUGUUGAUAAAUUACUUGUACAAGAAAGUAGAAAAUGUUUAGUGAAAACGUUCUUCAUUUUGUACUAAUUAAAGCGUGUAGGUCUUUGUUACAUGUUAUCAACUGUUAUAUUCGGUUAAUUAAUAUCUUUGUUUU